AUGACUUUCAACAAUUUAGAAGAUGCCAAAAAAUUCUACAAAAAUUACGAAAAGGCCGGAGGUUUUGAUAUCCGUAAUAGCACAACAAAUUAUGGGAAGGAUAGAGAGUUAAUUUGCAAAAGUUAUAUUUGUUCGAAAGAAGGAGUGUUAAAGAGCAAAUCGUUGGAAAUUCGACGAUGUGGUACAAUUAGAACAAAUUGUAAGGCCUUGAUUCGCUUGAAAUUAGACAAAAACAUUGGCAUAUGGAGUGUCUACAAGUUCGUGGAAGAACAUAAUCAUACAAUUACUUCACCGAGUAGAACACAUUUUCUAAGGGGAAACCGUGAGGUAACAAGUGCGAAGAAGACAUUGAUAAAGCAGUUUGGAGAGGUGAACAUUCCAACAAACAAGCAAAUGGCCUUCUUUGAAAACUCUAGCGGAGGUUUUCAUAGAAUUGGAUGCAUUGAGACCGAUGUGAGAAAUUAUGAAAGAGAUUUGAGAGAGGAGAGGCGCGGUCAUGAUGCACAAAUGAUGUUGGAUCAUUUCAAGUCGGAACAAGAGAAGAAUCCUUCAUUUUAUUAUGUUUAUGAAGUUGAUGAAGUGAAACGCUUAACUCAUUGUUUUUGGGUGGAUGGCAUUGCUAGAAUGAAUUAUCAACACUUUGGCGAUGUUGUCUCCUUCAAUGCCACGCAUAACACAAAUCAAUAUGGCUUGGCAAUUGAAAUAGUUUUUCCAGAAAUUCGGCACAGGUUUUACGUUUGGCAUAUCUUGGACAAAGUUCCGGAGAAGUUGGGUAAAUGGGCUUAUAGAACGGAAUUUAUGAAAUCUUUCAAAGAAAAUAUUUGGGACUCUGAGACUGCUAGCUCUUUUGAAGAGAAUUGGGUUUCAAUUCUGAAGAGAAAUGGGUUAGAAAUGCAUGAUUGGCUGAAGGAUAUCUAUGAAAUUCGUGAAAAAUGGGCUCCGGUUUAUCAUAAACAACACUUUUAG